CCAGCUUGAAGAGUGGAGAUAAGCUCUGGACAAGGAACCAGCGUGACCAGUGGAAGAUGAACCUGAAGGAGAGCAAAAAGCGAGUUGAGCAAGUGGAAAAGCUGGCCUGCUUGUAUUUAAGGACUGGAGCUUGGGUGGGACUUCCCACUUCUGUGGAGGAAAGCGAGAUUUUCUUCAGACAUCAUGAGGUCCGUCGUGCUGCUGCUCUCUUUCUGGAUGGGCUGCCUGGCUCAGAAGCCACAACCAUGCUCUUCCCCACCUCUCCUAUCAGGAGGCGUAUCUAUCUCCACACAAGCUCAGGAGCUGGCUGCUUUUGCAAAGUACAGUUAUGAUGGGCUGGGAAAGCGCAUCCGCCUCACCGAGAUAGGAUCCUACGUGAACACCACCUUCCAGCUGGAUGUGCUCCUACUUUUCAAACAGGGUUUCAUGUACAAGAUCAACAACAAGGAUCGCACAUGCUUCAAAAAGCACCUGAUGGAAGACUUCCACCCAUUGGCCAUUCCGAACGAUGCUUCCUUGGUGGGUCAGGCCGUGCUGGGGAGCACCUCUGUUCAAGGAGAAGGACUCCUGGUGAACACGUGGACCGGGCAGAUGCAGCUGAGGAAGAGAAACGCAAAGUACCUGAGCACCGUCACCGAGUUUGGCUGCUUUCCAGUCAACACUCUGGUCAGUACAGACAGUAAAGCAUGGGUGCUUGUCAGUUUCUAUAACAACAUCAUGGGGAUCCCAGAUCCUCAAGUGUUCACCCCUCCAACUUUCUGCAAAGGAGUCCAGCUGGAGGAAGACGAGGAAGAGGAGAAGCACUCAUUCUUAUACAGCUUGUUUUGAAACAUCUCGUUCAUGUUUUGACCCCAGUGUUUUAUAAUCCCUAAUAAACUGUGAUUCCAAUCUUG